UACAAGUAGUAUGGCUCAACGACACGUUCAGUCGGGCUUCGUCUUCGAUACGUUUGACGCGUUCGAUGCGUUUUUAACAACGUGUUAAACGGACUUUCAUUUAUCAAACAUUCAUGACACUGGAGUCGCUCGAUUGAUUUUAGACUCCUCCGAACGAUACGCGCAUCCUGUCGAUUUGCAUAUGCGAAAUCCAGUGUAAAUCCUGACAUUUUGGAACGCACUCUGUCGAGGUGCGGGUUGAGUGUGCGAGGUGAUCGGAGAGUGAGCCGAAGAUCGAAUAGCGCCAGUGAAUCUUCGGCAAAGUGACGCAAAUGGCACACGCUUGAACGAGAGUUCAGUGAGAUACGAUGAUGCGCGGGUCUGAAGGAAACAGGAUGUCUACGAGUUCGCUAGAGACUCGUACGUUUCGUACGGACGCGUGUGCAAGAGAUUCUGUCGCUGACGGGAACGAAGAAGUGGCGCUGAAUGAGUAACUUUCACACGACUUUCCGAUGGAAAGGAAGGACGACGCGUGCGAUCAUCAUUGGAGCCAAGUUUUAAGGAACGUCCCUUUGCACCUUUCUCCGUAUCGCUCAGAAGAGAUGCGCUGUUCACGGAACACCGUUCGUACUUUCCAAUAAUUUUUCGACGUCACCCAAAUUCGGAAGAUUUAUGAGAGAACUGCGAGAGUAAUUUCAACAUUGUAUUUGCAAAUUACAAUUAUUCUAGCGCGCCUAGUCCUUCCGCUUUUACGAUUAUUUGUCUACUAAUACGUGUUUUAAACCCUCACAUAUCAUUAUAAAGCGUUACUUAGCUUUCGACAAUGAGAGAGACGCUACUGGAGCGUUGGUGUAUGUAUUGAAACAAGAUAUCUCUGUUGACUGAACGCUGAUAUAUAUUCUAUGAGGUGCUCCUUUCGCAAUCAUCAUUCGAAAUGGAUAACAUUUGGAGAAGUAUAAGGUUCAAGUACAUCUUCGCUUGCAUCCUGAUCACCUUUGUCACAUCAUGCAUAAUCAGCAUAGCGCCCAUCAGCAUUGACGAGUGCAAGUGUGAAACAAAUGCACAAGCAAAUCAGCAUCUUAAACAAGUGGCUGAUGAGGCUAAUAGACAUAAGAAGACAUCUCAGCAUCGAUUGGCUUUAUUGGUGCCGUUCAGGGAUCGUUUCGAGGAACUGCUGAUGUUUGUGCCGCACAUGCAGAAAUUUCUGGAUAAGCAGGAUAUAAAUUAUCAUAUAUUCAUAUUGAACCAGGUAGAUAGGUAUAGAUUCAAUCGAGCGUCUCUCAUAAACGUAGGCUUCCUUGAGACGGAGAAAGCGUUCGAUUAUAUCGCGAUGCAUGAUGUAGACCUGCUGCCUAUGAACGAUCAGCUAUCCUAUGCCUUCCCAAGUACAGGACCCCAUCAUAUAUCAUCACCGGACCUGCAUCCCCGGUAUCAUUAUUAUACUUUCAUCGGCGGCAUAUUGCUCAUCAAGAGGGAACAUUUCCUGCAAGUGAACGGCAUGUCCAACAAAUACUGGGGCUGGGGUCUUGAGGAUGACGAGUUCUAUGUUAGACUGAAAGAGGCUGGUCUAAGCGUCAGCCGACCGCAAAAUGUGUCGACGGGGACGCAUAAUACAUUUAAGCAUAUACAUGACAGAAAUCAUAGGAAGAGAGAUAUGGUGAAGUGUUACAAUCAGCGAGAAGUUACUAGAAAACGGGACCGUCAGACCGGCUUGAACAAUGUCUCGUAUAAGAUAUUGGACACGAUUAAAAUGACUAUAACAGAUACUCCCUUAACAGUGAUCAACAUUUCUUUGCAAUGUGAUAAAUCGAGUACACCCUGGUGCGAGUGCGAGAAGUUAGUCGGAUCGAAGGACGCGAGGUCGAAGGAGAAAAAGAAGGUUAACGUUGAGUUAUCUAAAUCGUGAAGCUGUCCUUUCCGCGCUGCUUCUAGAGCCCCCUCAGUAUGAAGAUGGCGUAACUUAAGUAGUCUCGACUCGUAAUGCAGAAGUUCUUCCUACAAAAGACAUGCAAAUUCAUACGAAUAAAAAUAUCCAUACGA